AUGGGCUCAGAACUGAUUUUCAGAGGGCACGAGACCCAGCCCGUCGACGAUGCCUACUCGCCCAAGCCCAACAAACCCUGGCUCUCCGUCGCUCGCCCGAUUCGCUACAUGCUCCGCGAGCAGCGACUCCUCUUCGUCCUCCUCGGCGUCGUCAUCGCCACCUUGUUCUUCACACUCGUCCCCUCCUCUUCCUCUUCCACGCCCAUCGUCCCCUACGAGCCGCUCUCGAUCUCCUACUUCGAGCGCGAGUCCACGCUUCCGGCGUACCACCACCGCGUCGCAGCGGCUGUGCAUUCAGUGGGGAAGGUGCCGCUCGGGAUUAAGCGGAAAGGACUCCGGAUCGUGGUGACGGGUGGCGCGGGGUUCGUAGGGUCGCACCUGGUGGAUCGAUUGAUUGCGCGAGGGGAUAGUGUGAUCGUGGUGGACAAUUUCUUCACUGGAAGGAAGGAGAACGUGAUGCACCACUUUGGGAACCCUAGAUUCGAGCUCAUCCGGCACGACGUUGUGGAGCCUCUCCUGCUGGAGGUGGAUCAGAUCUACCAUCUCGCUUGUCCUGCUUCCCCUGUCCAUUACAAUCCUAAGGAUCUAGCAAUUGUUGUGGGAAUUGGAGUUCUUAAUUGUGCGUACAAGACCAAUGUGGUGGGGACCUUGAACAUGCUUGGGCUUGCUAAGAGAGUGGGCGCGAGGUUCUUGUUGACCAGUACCAGUGAGGUUUAUGGAGAUCCUUUGCAGCACCCUCAGAAGGAGACAUACUGGGGCAACGUCAAUCCGAUUGGUGUCCGAAGCUGCUACGACGAGGGAAAGCGUACGGCCGAGACGUUAACCAUGGACUACCACCGAGGUGCCGGCGUCGAGGUUAGAAUUGCUAGAAUCUUUAACACCUACGGACCCCGGAUGUGCUUAGAUGAUGGUCGUGUUGUCAGUAACUUCGUUGCUCAGGCACUAAGGAAGGAGCCUUUGACCGUUUAUGGGGAUGGGAAGCAGACAAGGAGUUUCCAGUAUGUCUCUGAUUUGGUGGAGGGUCUUAUCCGCCUCAUGGAAGGAGAACACGUGGGGCCUUUCAAUCUUGGAAAUCCGGGAGAAUUUACCAUGCUUGAACUUGCCAAGGUGGUUCAAGAAACAAUCGACCCUGAUGCCAGGAUAGAGUACAGGCCCAACACAGAGGAUGACCCGCACAAGAGAAAGCCCGAUAUAAGUAGGGCUAAGGAGCUACUUGGGUGGGAACCCAAGGUCGACCUGCACAAGGGUCUCCCACUAAUGGUUUCUGACUUCCGGCUACGCAUUUUUGGUGACCACAAGGAAGGGGCAACCGUAGCCUAA